CUUAUCGAAAUUAUAAGAAUAGACCUGAAUCAUUAGCAACCCAAGCUUGGAAUGCAAUAAGAAAUGAUAAUACUCCAGAUAAUAAGAAAUUUUUAGGUUUAACUCAACAUAAAAUAAAAAAUCCUCAGACUCGAGAGCAAUUUGAUCAAUGGC